UCGAUACCACAACACGAAGAACAAAAAAAUCAAAAGGAUUGCUACCUUUACCUUUCUAUUUUUAUCUAAUCAUUGUUUUUCGUAUUCUCACCAUUUUGUUUCCUCUUUUGCAAAAUUGAAACCAAUCGUCAGUUCUCCAACGCAGAGUCAUAUCCUUAACUUUUUGCCUCACUUUCCAUGGUUGGUCCAGCCGUCGAUGGAGAAGAUGAAGGCGAUGAAUUCUCAAAGGAAGUCGUCGAAGCCAUGCACUGUCGACGAAAUCUAAUCCCUCCUUGACGAAAUCAACAGUCAUCCAACACACUAUUUAAAUCGUUGUCCUGAGCGACGGUGGAAAGAUAUUUGGUUUCCUCCAAGCUCCUCCAUAGCAGCCUCCAAUGUUCGGUAUUUCGAUUAUCUCAUUUUGUUUCCCUCUUCUCAUCUUCUUCUUGUCAAAUCUAUAUCGAAGUUAAGUGUUACCGAUUAUUCGUUCUCUUUCCAUCGAAGCUAUGAUUUUGAUUCUCUUUAUGAGAAUCACAAUUUUGAUUGUGCAGGCUCGGUUUCCCGUUCCAGCUAAGACUGUGAGAGACUCGUUGCUGCUAAGAAGUCCUUUCAAGAAACACCCAGUUAUCCCGUACUGCAAGAUUUGGUACUGCGAGGCCCAUUUUCCUCUUAACCUCGUCCAUUGUUGAUGGAGGUGUAUUCUUGAUUUACUUUCCUUCUUCUCUUUGUUUACAGGGCAAUAUUGAAUAGUGGGAAUCAAAUAUCAUUAAUUUAGAACAGAGUUGCCCAGAGGUGUACUUAAUCACCCAAAAGACACUUAGUUGUAGUACCUAUUUUGAUGUCAUCUGGUUUCAGGAGGUGGAACUCUCUAUUGGUGGUUCUGGGAGUAAAAGUUUAAUUUCAGCUUCUUCAAGUUUGAGAUAAGUUGCAAUAGAGGUUCUUACUAAGUUUGGUAGCAACCGUUUGAUUGGAUUGUGAAGCAAAAUCGAUGGUUUAAUUGGUUUCUUAUAGAACCCCCUCAAGCCUAAACAACUAGCCUCCAGUUUUGUAGUUUCAACUAACUUGGUUCGCAAGACUGCAACUUUGCAUUAAGCUUCUAUUACCUUGAGUUGUGUCUCGUGUUCUCAAGUAUUGAAUUAUGCAACUUAAUGAGAAUGAAAAUAUGUGCCAUCUACUACUUACCUGUAUGUUCCUCAAUCUUGUAUAUGUCAAAUUUUCGGUUGAGGAUUGGUGAUGCAAGAUUUGGGUUAGAAAGGGGGAUGCACUUUCAAUUCUCUUAUUUCUAGUUAAGAUUUGAGUUUGUGUUUUGCUUAGUUCCCAUCUCCCUUUAGAUGUUUUUUUUAUAACACGUUGGAUCUAAGUUCUAUCUUUGUUUCUCUUACUUAUGCUAUUUAUCUCACUAUUCUUUAAAGAGAUGCUAAGCAAUGCUUUUAGAGUUUCAAACCAACACCAGUAAAAUUAGCAGCAGCCAGCAGUGACAUAACCAAUAAAUCUAGCAGCAUUAAAAGUAAUAGUAGUAGUAGCAAAAACAGUUCAACUAACACCAAUAGAAGUUGUACGUUAGUAUGCAUCCUAAUUUAACUUAAGGUUUUUCCAUUGGAUGAAUGGCUAUCUAGGGCUAUGACAUUAAUGGGUAUAUACUCAUAGUUUUGUGGUUAGCCUAACAAAACUCUAUUGUUUUUUGGUGAUGAUUAAUACUCUUUAUGAGCAUCUAAGGGACUAAGUUCUUGGUAGUAAUCCGAUCUACCAACAUUUAGGUGAGAUUGCUUCACUAAUAUAUAGUGAAUAUAUACUUCAAUUGGAUUCUGAAAUCCACUCUUUUGUCAACUUCUUUUUCAGUAAGAUUGUAUUUAUUUUUUCAGAUGCUUCUCACGGGUCUUAAGAAUGCUAGUAAAACACUUUGGUUCAACUCUUGGUCUGCCCCAAAAGUACUCUAAUACCUUGUUUUAGGUUGAAGGGAAAGAAGUCAGAGAAAGCUAGAUCCAGGAUGAACAAGGAACAUAUGCGCCAUGGUCUCUCAAAACUUUUGGUUGUCUGUAGAACUUUUCUUUUAAGGUGAACUUGUAGGGUUGUCCUUCAAAUUGGAAUAGACGGAGGCAUUGUAAAGAUUAGAAUGUUAUUUUACUAUGUAAGAUUGUUAUUUAAGGAUUAUGGUUGAGAUUAUUGAAUAUUUUGUGUUGCCUCUAAUAUCCGUGGCAAUUGUGUUAUUUAUUAUAAUUUACAGAUCUGGUGAUAGAAAUUGCAUGUUAGAGAAUGACAAAAUUGUUAUAGAAAUCAGAUUGGGCAUGAAAAGGCAUGCACAUGCAUCCAUUGCACAAGAUAUCUACCAUGUGUAUGACUUUGAUGAUGCCAUGACUUCAGAUGACGAAUAUCACGAAUCUAGGGAUGCCAGAUUCCUGUGCAAGACGUCUUCCAGUCUUCGAGUUACCAAGUAACAACAAAGUGGAUAGCCUCAGACAUGCUAGAGAUAUUUAAAAUUAAGUCAGAGUGGGAUCCGGAUGAGAUUAUGGUCAAGAUGAAAUUAAAGCAUAACAUGGAAGUAAAGAAGAGAACUUGCUACCGACCUAAAGUGGAGCCAAUAAAGAUCUUAAGUGGGUCCUUGGCUGAUGGGUAUAAGCUACUUAGAAGUUAUGUUGAUGAGUUGAUGUAGGGAGAUCCGGAGGGGCGUUUCAUACUAGAUGUAGAGGUGCACCCAGACAGAGAUAAGUGCUUCUUCCAACAUUUGUGUAUUCAUUUUUUUUUUAAUUUGAGGGUUGGGUUCUUAGAGGGAUGUCGACCUAUGUUUGGUCUUGACGAUUGUUUUCUGAAAGGAGAGGUGAAGGGAAUGCUUCUUUCUUCACUUGGGAAAGAUAGAAAUAACCACAUGUUUCCAAUUGUCUGGGCCAUAGUGGAGGGGGAAAAUAGCAACUCUUGGUCAUUUUUUGUCAGAAUUUUAACUCAAGAGCCGAGAUUAAUAGAUGGAAGGGGGUUGAAAGAAAUAUCAGACUAGCAAAAGGUAAAAUUAGAGCUCUCUUGAUUAAUGAAAUUAGUAGUGUUUUAUGAACAGUUAGGUGUUGUAAACUAAUUUUUUUUGCUUGUGGCCAGUCCACACACAGUGCAAGGACAUGCCCAUUGAAUAGAGGUGUGAGGAUACAAGUAAGUAUACUUUGUCAUGUUUUCUGGUAUUAUGGGAUGACGAAAAUGUAGUUGAAUAUAAGCUUAAAUGUGAACUCUUUUACUUCCAGGAUGUGAGAUUGAAUGUUGCCGAUCGAGUUACAAUUUAAAGAGACCUACGCAAUGCAACGAUAGGAGUUGGUGUUUAUGUUGAUGAGACCACUAGUAACCAAUAUGUUAGGGUGAUUAAAGUGAUCAAAUCAACCAAGUCUACUUUGUCAAACAUUUGUGUCCUUUUAGUUAUUGAUUUCUGGUGAUCAUUUACUAACUGUAGCUGAAUGGGCCUCAUGGGAGACAUACUGGAGGUGGUCUGCGGCUGCCAAUUUGUGUGAGUCAACCUACUGAGGUGGAUUUGAAAAGGAGCCAAUCGCCACCAACACAACCUUAGAAGUCAAGUUUUUUUGUCAUGAGUCAUUUUUUAUACUAGCCCUAAAACCGACCUUGUUAGUGGCUAUUUUGGUUGAUUCAUGUAACAACUUUAAUCUCCCAUAAGUAGCAAGCAGUAUUCUAGGUGUAGUUGAAGGAAACUAUGUAUGUUAGGAGGUCGUUAAAUAUUGAAACAAUCCAAGUUAAGACGUUAGCAUGCGGUUAAGCAUGAUGAUGCUUGUUAAGUACUGCUCCAGACUAUCUUUUGUUAGGAUGUUGUUCAAUAAUAAAACUACUAUUGUUAC